AUGGCUAGGGACCAUCCGCAACAGAAGGGCAGCAGCUCUGCGCGCAAGCGCCCGUCCACAGGCACCCCGGUGCAGAAGGGGCUGGUCGACGAGAUCAACCGCAUCUACGGAACGCUGGUGUCAGCUGCGAGAAGCCAUGAGGUGCUCCAGGUCAGGGGCAACAACCGUCCUGACAGCCCGGUGGCCAGAGUUCCCAGGGAUACGGUCCGAAACUGGAAGCUCUUCCUGCUCCAGGGCAUCAUGCGCUACAUGCAGGAUCAGGAGCGCGACAUCAACACCAUCGAGGCAUGCUACAAGCGGGUCGUCAGAGCAUCGCCCGAUGGAAAAGAGGGGAUCUACUACCAGAUCUCCGACCACGUCGCAUACCUCAUUCACAGGUAUGAUCUCCCAAAGUCGACAAAGGUGUCAGGUGCCUAUGGCGAGGCCGAGGUCUCCCUGAUCCUCAACGACAUCUUCAAGCGUCUUCUGGGUGGUUGUCGCAGCGAUGGCAUGCUGCAAAUCAUGGCACUUGUCCAGACCUGCUUCAUGACAGGCUUGAGGGCCGGGUCUCUCCUUGCAGCCGACAAAAAGGACGAGAGCAAGCGUGGCAUGCGCCACGAGGAUGUCAGCUUCACGUCCGCAGCCCCGGGCGGCUGGACUCUCCAGCUCCUCAUCAGGCACAUCAAGAACUACAACAAUGCCGCAAGACACCAUGCAGGUCAAGGUCCGGAUGCGAGCCCUCGAGAACCCAACCAACAUCCUUCUCGAACCUACAGUGGUCUAUCUGCUUCUCCUGAUGAAGCGAGGAGCCUUGCAUACCGAUGGUCCCAACGGACCAAAGAUCUCGUGUCUUGA